AUGUCUCUAUUUAUCCUUGAUGUGAUUGCCUAUCUGCCUAAAUCAUGGCAGGACUGGAUCCUUCCACCAUCCUCAAUCCCUACGGUGACCAACAACCCGUCCAAAGUCCAACUAUCUCGCAUCGCACAUGUCUACUUCGAACACAAAGAUCUGAACAAAUUUGACCUGUUCGCCAAGGACUUCGGCUUCGUACCAGCAGAGCGUAAGGGAAACACCAUCUACUACCGCGGUUAUGGCAAGGACCCAUACGUCUACGUGGCGUCGCAGAGCCGGACCGGCCGAUCACGGUUCCUGGGUGGCGCCUGGGUAGCCAAGGACGAGGACAACUUCAACAAGGCCGCAGCGCUCCCGGGCGCCGUACUAAAGGACCUCGACGAGGCGCCCGGCGGAGGCAAGAUGAUCACCUUCGCCCGGCCCAACGGGACCUUCUUCCACGUCGUGCACGGGCAGACCGAGCGCAGCGUAGACACCGAGACGGAGCAGCCCCCCUCCGAGACGCACGAGUCACAAGGGCCGUACAACACCCCCUUCAAGAAGAAACGGCUAGGCCAGUUCCAGCGGUACCGCGAGGCCCCCGCGCUCGUGCACAAGCUCGGCCACUACGGCUACGUGUGUCGAGAAUUCGACACCGAGCUGGACUUCUACACCUCCAACUUCAACUUCGUGCACUCGGACAUCCUCAAUCUCCCGCAGUUCCCGGACGUCGACGUCCUGACCUUCAUGCAUCUGGACCUGGGCGCGGAGUACUCGGACCACCACAGUCUGUUCCUGCAGCGUGCGCCUCCGAACGUCCGCGAGACCUACCUCCACCACAGCUCGUUCGAGGUGGCUGACUUUGACGAGCAGCUGAUGGGUCAUCGGUACCUUGCCAAGAAAGGGUGGAAGUCGGUUUGGGGAGUGGGGCGUCAUAUCCUGGGCAGUCAAAUCUUUGACUAUUGGUAUGACAGCAGUGGGUUCAAGAUCGAGCAUUACGCGGACGGGGACGUGGUAAACGAGGACAAUCCGACCCGGAGAGAACCUGUCGGGCCAUUGUCCAUAUGGGGGCCUGAGGUGCCGAAGGACUUUGGCGCCAAUAAGGCAAAGUAG